CGCAAAUAUGAUAAUUCAUUUGUUCGCUGGUGCAGGUGACGAGCAAAUCUCAACACGGUGGACGAGGUCAAUGUUCAAUGAUUCGAACGAGUCACAGACUGCGCUGCCAAUGACUAGGAAGUCGUAAUUACUCACUCCUGUUGCUGAAGCGGGCUACUUUGCUCGUUAGACUUGAGGGCAUGUAUUCCACUCGAUAUCACAUCACACAUGACUUCCGUAUAUACACCUACUUUGCGCGAGGGUUUUAGCAGUUGCCCGGCGAUAUACGUCUCGGCCACGCACCGUAGCACCGAAGAGCUUCAUAACCUGGAGAACGAACUCGUUCAAGCCGGCGCGAAUCUCACGUACGACAUCCACGAGGCGCACAUCGUUCUCAGCAAGGUGACGAAAAGGGCUCGCAUUCUCUUUGAUCUACGUGCGAAUGGUCUAUUGCCCUUGCCAGAUGUUGUUUCCACAGAGAACAAGCCCUCCGAAGGUUCGAACGCCUCGUGGCUGAGCUCAGAAAAUGCGCCUACGCAGGGACUGAAACGCAAACGUCAAGUUCCAUUGUCGUCACAGCCGACAACUAAUACAAUAGUGAUUAACGACUCAGAUACGGAAUCUGAUAACGAACAUGAGCAUGACAUCGCAGUCGAAGCUAGUGGCGCUAAGCCGAUGAUACGAGACGAUCGAAAAGUCGAGUCACAUCGACUCGUCCAGAUUGUCCGAGCCGAAUGGUUUGAUGACUCUCUUCGAGCUGGAUGUCUGUUGCCAAUUGAUAGCUAUAUCACCCUAGCAGUCACAUGUGCUUCGAAACCAAUCUCGAAUACUCCAACACGAGGUUCACCUCAACACAAAACCACAUCGUCAGCCGUAAUUUCAAGUACACAAGCUGUCCGCUCUUCAGUCGAGAGAGGCAAACAAAUCCUGCAGAGAGCUACGGUUGAUGCACCUAGUUCAAGCUCACAAUAUGAUCGAUCGGUGCGUUCGAGAUAUGCAAGGGUGGCAGCAAAAGUUGAGCCAACCAGCUGGAAGACAGGCCACGGUAAUGGCAGCCAAUAUGCACAUUUACUACAACAGAGUACCACAGAGCACGACACAGGACACUCGACUGAGCUUCCGCCUCCGCCAGACUGGGUCCGAGAAGGGAUCAUAUACUCAUGCCUACGGUCAACACCUGCAGAUUGCAUCAAUUUGCAAUUUGUGAAAUUGUUGAAGGAGAUUCAGGAGGCUCGACUUUUGAUCAACGAUGAGGUCGGCGUUCGCGCGUAUGCGACUGCAGUGGCUGCGAUUGCUGCGUAUCCUUACAAGAUUAGUGGUCCGAGAGAAAUCUUGGCGAUUCCAGGAUGUGACGUGAAGAUUGCGAAUCUAUUUGUGGAGUGGUCCAACACCGGCCAGAUUAAAGCUGUGGAGGAUCUCGCAAAAGACCCCGACCUCAAAAUAUUAAAGUCGUUCCAUCAGAUAUGGGGCGUUGGAUCUUUGACCGCGAGGGAGUUUUUAUACGACAAAGGCUGGCGUGAUCUGGAUGACAUUGUAGAAUUUGGAUGGUCAUCUUUGACGCGUGUACAGCAGAUUGGCGUGAAGUUUUACGAAGAGUUCUUGGAUCUCAUACCUCGCCGUGAGGUGGAGAGCAUUGCUGCUAGAAUCCACCGACAUGCGGUGAAGGUCCGGGACAGCGGGAUUCAAAGUAUGAUCGUGGGCGGCUAUCGGCGAGGGAAGGAGUCAUGUGGAGAUGUGGAUGUGCUUAUCAGCCACCCCGAUGAGACACAGACGCUGAACCUCAUCAACGACAUCGUCCUCAGUUUAGAGGACGAGGGAUGGAUCACUCAUACGCUGUUACUAUCGCUUGUCAGUACCAACCGCGGCCAGCAGACAUUGCCAUUUCGCGGCAUUCGAUCCGGUCAUGGGUUUGAUACCCUCGACAAGGCGCUGGUAGUUUGGCAGGAUCCUAAAUGGCCAGAGAAAGCCUCUGAGCUGCAGACGAAUCCUAGUGUGAAGAAUCCAAACAUACACCGCCGAGUUGACAUAAUCGUCGCACCCUGGAGAACGGUGGGCUGCGCGGUCGUUGGCUGGAGCGGUGGGACGACUUUUGAGCGCGACCUGCGCAGAUAUGCGCGUCAUGAGAAAGGCUGGAAGUUUGAUAGUUCAGGAGUGCGACAUCGAGGGAAUGGUGAGUUCAUUGAUCUCGAGAGGUAUUUCUCGGAGCAGCAACGAGCCAACACAAUGGAGGAAGCUGAGAGGAAUUUCUUUGAUGGUAUGGGUAUUCCAUAUCGGGCGCCUACAGAGAGGAAUACAGGCUAAAUGGCGGUCCUGUCAAUUGGUGAGACGGACAUGUGCCUGUAUAUCCACAAACACAGAUACAUACCUACUAGGUAGGUAGUCUCCAGUCUGCGGUACCUUCCUACCCAAGAGAGAAGACAGUGAUACGCGCCAGGUGAACGAGGGUACUGCACUGUCAAUAAUGAGCCUGGGAGAGCUUGCAAUCAUACGACCAAAAUCCGCUGGGAGGAGUGGAGACAGCCGUCAGUCGUAUGCGUGUCUUUCAUGCCCCGGGUUUCGGACUGGGGAUGUAUGACGACACGUAAACCGUCGUCAAAUCGCUUGUGGGAAUGUGGUACAGCGCAAUACUACAUGUAUAGUCUGUAUGCACAAUGGUGGACUGUCAGUAUUUGGAGGAUUCGUGGACCACAGCUCGCUAUAACCUGGUAACAUUCA